AUGCUUUUCGAUCCUGUGAAAGGAAUGAGUACCCAAUCUGAGUUGCUCGAUACAUACGGAUCGGCCUGUAGGCUGAAAGGAGUACUUGGGACCGAUCAGUUGUGGAUCUCAGACCCUGGCGCCAUGCAUGAGAUCCUCGUCAAGUCCCACGAGAGGUUUCGGCAGCCAGACUUUAUCAUAACGAUCGAAUAUAUUGACCGCGACCGGCAAGUACCGCCUACUCCUAUUGAAUCAACGAAUAUUGAUUAUUUUGCAGGUCAUAAACAUCGGAUGCAACGCAAGACGCCAGCGGCGACUGCGGUAGCCCACAAACUUAAAAAGGCCAUCGGGUUAGAAAUCAAUUCUCAGGGGGGAAACUCUGGCACGCUUGACCUCUUUCGAUGGUUAAAUGCUACCGCUCUGGAGGUGGUGGGUGAAGCGGGAUUCAAUUACUCCUUCAGUGCUCUGGAACCCAACAAUGAGCACAUGAAAUAUCUUACCGCAUGUCAUAAUCUGAGAACAUUGUUGUCAAAGCUGUGGUAUUUGACACCAAUUCUUCCCUGGGCCUUUAAAGUAGGAUCGGCACGAUUUCGCCGGAUGAUCGUGGAUUGCAUUCCGUUUGGCCCCGUCCGAGAACUCAGAGAUGCAGUGGAUAUAGUGGAUAAUGUGGCAACCAAGGUUUACCGUGAUAAAAGAAACGAGUUGGGUAAAACCCCACUCAAUGUCGGGAGUCAAAUGAGCCGUGAUGUCAUGUCCUCACUAUUAAUGCAAAAUAGCAUAGUGAGCUCUGAAGAAGCUAUGAAUGAAGAAGAACUAAUAUCUCAAGUGAAUGCUGUCACGAUAGCCGCACAUGAUUCUACAAGCACCGCACUAGCGAGAACUAUCUACAUACUCGCUCAGUUCCCUGAAUUUCAAUCUCAACUCCGCGAAGAGGUCCGCGAAGCGCACGAAAUACACGGUGAACAGCUAAACUACGACCAACUUAACUCGCUUCCAUUCCUUGAUGCUGUUUGUCGGGAGUCCUUGCGCUUGUAUGCUCCUGGUUUGUUCUUAGUUCGUGUUGCCCAAGAGAACUGUUCAAUUCCUCUUCUGUAUCCUGCAAGGCCGAGGGAUAAGAAAGGGGAAAUGACACGUGUAUUUGUGGAUAAGGGGACCUAUAUCUAUCUUUCAUUGGAUGGAGCAAACCGUGACCUGCGUACGUGGGGUGAAGAUGCAAACGUAUUUCGGCCGUCACGUUGGUUGGAUUCCACACCCUCAAAUUUGCAUGGUUCGCGGAUGCCAGGCAUUUACUCAUCUCUAAUGACAUUCUCGGGUGGCCCGCGCGCCUGCAUCGGUUUCAGAUUCUCACAGCUAGAAAUGAAAUUAUUGCUCACAACAUUGGUUUCAUCCUUCAAGUUCGAACUAUCGGAUGCCCCAAUUAUGUGGCGACUUGAAAGCGUCCCGAAGCCAUACGUGGUUUUCGGUACCGAUGAGGGAGUUUCGAGCCCAUCGAUGCCAAUGCGUGUAACACGGUUGGAUAAAGCCGGCUAG